CUCGGUACUUUGUUUACUUCUGCUUCCGUAGCUUCUAGCUAGCGCAACCCCCGCUGUCUUUUAAACCUCUUCCCGUGCUUCUAGAGUAACACGUAUUCUAAAAUGUCUUCACCGCUUCUUCUCAGGGCCUUCGUGACCGAGCGCCUGACAGCCGCCGCGGAGGAAAUAUUUCAGGUGUUUGAGAGGACGAUAGCAAAAUACGAGGAAGAAGCGAGCAGCUCCCAGCAGGAGAUCGAGCGACUCAGAGGUCUGCUGCUGGAGUUCAUGACAAACCAGAAAAGAGGUGUUCUUCAGUUGUCUGUUUGUAAAGAGGAGUCACCGCCUGAGCAGGAGCCAUGUGAGCGCACACCGAGCAUCAGCGUCCAUGAGGGCAAUGCAGAGCCUCAACAUAUUAAAGAGGAAGACAGCGAACUCUGGGCUGGUCAGGAGCAAGAUGAAAAACAGGCCGAAGAGUUUCAUGAUGCUGAUGCCUCAUAUCCACCUCACUCUGCUGUUUGGGAGGAAAAUGAGCUAGAGGACACGAAACCGUCUCUGCAGCCUGAAGUGCAAAACUGUGAACGUGAUGAGGAGUUUCUGGAGGAGCAGGAAACCAGAACUGUGCAGUUCAUUUUGCCUCUCACAUUGACAUCUUCUUCACAAACUCUAGCCCAAAGUGAAAGCGUCCAGGACGGAAGGGAAAGCGAAAGACCUGCUGCUAGUUUUUCAUCAGAACAAACCCAGGCGCCCUUUAGCACUUUCAGAGAAUCCACUGAGUUACCUCAUUUUAACUCUGCUGCACCUGACUAUCAUUGCCAUUUGUGCAAUAAAUCGUUUUCCUCCAGCCAUCACCUGAUAAAUCAUGCUUUCCACGUGCAUUCAGCAGACGCAGGUGCCAUCUGUGCCGUGUGUGGAAAGAUGUUUGAAUCCACCGAAAGCCUUAACAUGCACCUCAAAUCGCACAAGGGCUCAAAAUGUUGCCACAUGUGCGGUAAGCAGUGCAACAGCACGACCGCACUGACCGAGCACAUGGCGAGCCACGCCGGGGUGAAACUGCAUCGUUGCCACGUGUGUGGGAAAGAGUGCAGCCGCAAAGGGGAUUUAAAGAUACAUAUGAGGAUUCACACAGGCGAGAAGCCUUUCUGCUGCUCCUUUUGUUGCAAAAGUUUCACCCACAGCGGACACCUGAGGAAGCACAUGAGAAGCCACACAGGCGAGAGGCCUCACCGCUGUGGUAUCUGUGGCAGAGGGUUUCUACAGAGUGCACACUUGAAAUAUCACCUGGGGACUCACACUCAGAAAUAUUGACUCAUUCAUCCCCCUGGGCUCAUAUUUAAUAAUGAAAAAUGUUCAACAGAGACGCCAAACUUUGCUGUAAAGAGCAAGAAGACCCAUUAUAAAGAUGCUUAAAGCAAAAUGUCAGUAACAUUUAAAGUGGGUCUAAUUCAGUUAUUUUUAGCUCCAUGUUUUUGUUCUUGGGCAUUGCAUGAUUCACAGUUCAAAAUAAUCCUUAUUUAUCCUAUUCUAGGCCUCGGUGCAGCCCUCCAGUUCAUCCACUGCCUGAAAAACAUGUUUUUAGGUCCUCUGAGCAGCACCCUUGUAAAAACAAGUCUCUGCACUCAGCAGCAGGUUAUUAUUUUGAGAAAUCAAUUGAAGCAUGAACUAAAUUAACUUGAAAUUUAAUUCUGCAUGUAUAGAAUCACCAGUUAAAUCUCAAAACUAAAUAAAGCACUUUAAAAUGUCCGAUGACUUCCCCUAAAAUACAUUUUUAAGGAAGGUUUUCCUCUGGAAGUUAACACUUUGUUGUUUUGUAGUUUCUCUUUAAUAGCUGCUAUCAGGUGACACUGUGAUUAAUCGUCUGUAUGUUCUGAUGUAUCUGAUUCAUUUUCUUUAAUAAAAGUCACAUGUCACUGAAAGAUGUGUUAUAGAAAACCAAAGUGGAGCAGAAAAUGAAUUCUUAACUUGGGUUUUAAAUAAAAGCGUUUGUUUAUAACAUCGUUAUAAGAUGCAUGAAAAGUGCUAAAGAAAGCUGCAAACCUCUUUUAAAUUUAAGCAGUGUAAACAGCUAAAAAGUAAAGUGAAGGAAAAGUAUUUUAACAGUUUGAUGAGCGCAGGCUCUGAGCUUCACACUAUGUUUCUCUUUACUGUUGACAUGACCUCUGAUCCCCACUUUGAGCAAUAACAUUGCCGAUAACGUCCAGCUUGUAAUGAUUGCUUUUAUACAACAGAAUCUGAUUGGUGUUAAGUCAUCAGUUUAUUUUACUCAGAAAGAGCAAAGUGGGACACAGUGCCCUUUUCCACUCUUAUUUUUCAAGUAAGCAGAUGUUCAGCAGAUGUGCUCUCUGGUACAGCUGCAGCUCGCCUGGUCAUGCAAACUUAAAACACUGUCACACUUUCAGAGCCGUGUGCCGACCUCUUCAUCAACCAAAUCUCUUCUGCUCUGUGAUUCAUUAAUUAUAACCUUUAUUAUUAAAAGUAAUUUCCCUACUAAUCAUCCCACUGACAUUUUUUCACAUAUGUACUUCCUGUGAUCUUUGGGUACACCAAGAAUAAUUUACUGUUAAGAGCAAUUAUAAUAGCCAAAUAAUAUCCAUUCGUCCGUUCUCUUCCACUUAUCCAAUUCAGGGUCGUGGGGAGGCGGGAGCCUAUCCCAGCACAAACACUAGGAGAACAUGCAAACUCCAGUAAACAUAUAUGACAUGUUUGUGUGAUAACCUAUCAGGUUCAGUCCUCCUAGAACUUGCCCAUAUUUAAGGGCUGUCCAGGAGGCCUUCUGGUUGGAUACCCAAACAAUGUGAAGACAUCUCUAUCUGUAAGGGAGAGCCUAGACAUUCUUGACAAUGAGCUCAUGUCUGCAUACAUCAACUAUUUAAUUUUUCAGUCACAACCCAGAGCUCAUCGCCAAAGCUGAAGGUCAGAACAUAUCUGAGCCUAUAAAUGGACAGCUUCAUAGUGAGCUGUCUCUUCACCACUGCAGACACGAUUCACCUGCAACCCCAAAACAUUUAUAUUUUUAAAAAGCAAUAACACACAACAAAGCUGCAUUGUCACGUCAUUAGGAACAAAUAGAUAGAAAUGAUGGAAUGAAAAUGAUUUGUGUCUGUAUGAUAAAUAAUGUUCUUCUGUGGUCUGCAAAGACCACAGUUGGUCACAUUUCAACUAAUUCAAAGCAGUAGGUUCUUAUUACAGAUGAAAGUAGCUCAGUUUCAAGCAUUCGUUCAUCACUACUGAUUUAUUUUUCUAGAAAUGAAGAUUUGCAUACAUGCAGAGUCAUAUUUUUCUGUGCUUCCCAUCACUAAAAAAAAUAAUAAUGAGGGUUUGGUUAUACUUGAUUAGUGCGUACGCUGAGCUAUAUUUCUAUGUAAAGAUGGACCACGAGUGCUGAAUUGUUUUUUUUUCUACUAACGGAAGAAAUUCAGAAUCAGCUUAAAAGUUUAAAAAACAUCUACAUAGCAAAGCUUUUCUUUUUUUGGUUUCUGUUCCUCUGUUUCUUUUUCAGUUCUUUUUUUGGUCUCAAAAGGACACUUUUCUUUACCAGCUAGAUGUUUUACAUUCAUCACAAGUUUGUCACUAACUUCACACUGGGCGAGAGCUCUUGGGGAGUCUGUGUGAUGCACAGCCAGCAGGCUCUGGUCACAUGACCUCGUGUACCUGCAGAGAAUCUCUGGAUGUAAAAGUUCACUGGUUGUUUCUCCAUCCAGACAUGUUUUGCCUUCAUGCUGUAGAUGAGUUCAAGAGUAUCUGAAUGUAACUCUGAAAGUGAACAAUCUUCAGAUGUCAGUUUGGAAAUAUAACCUCCACAGUGUGCUGUAGUGGUGAAUUAUCAUGGACUACUACAGUCUAAUGAAUAAGAGUGUUUAUUUUCAAGAUGAUUGCUUCUCUCUAGAAGUGUGUUUGCUUAUGGUGGGAAACUACAUUGUCAUUUUUACAGCACCAUUCAUUCAAAUAUGCACAGAGGUCAACGUGACAAAACACAGUUUUAAAAACAGAUUUUAAAAAGUAAAAGAAGAGCUGGAAUUAUCAUCAAUUAUGUGGACAAGAGAAGCCAAAAGCAGGACACCAGAGAUAGAAUGAUUGAUGAAAAAACAAGCAUUAAUGCUGAAAUAAGUCCAAUAAAAUAACAAAGUCCAGAACAAAGUAAACAGAAAUCAGAAGAUAAACACAAGGACCCAGGGAAUAGAUCCAAAACCAUCGAAACAGUCUGCACACGAGUGAAUGUUUGUACACUGAGCGCAGGUUGGGAAAUUUGGGAGUGAAUUAUAUCAUUGUGCAAUAGGUACACCUGUUCAGCUGCUCAUUAACACAAAUAUCUAAUCAGCCACAUGGCAGCAACUCAAUGCAUUUAGACAUGAAGAUAUAAUCAAAACAACCUGUUGAAGUUAAAGCUGAGGAACAAAGUUGGUUUAAGUGACCAAGGCGCCAGACUGGCUGAAACUGCAACAAAACGCAAAAAAUAUCCAGUGAGCCAUGAGUGUAGCUAGUACUCAUGUGCUCUCAUUUUUCUAGGCUAACUAGUUUUACAUUUACAAGAGAAGUUAUCACUGAUUAAUUCAGGAUGUGCACAUGCAUAGUGCAAACUGACAAAAUAAUUCAGUUCAGGUACAAAGAAAAAGUCCUUUAUUUUUUAGACUGAGUGAUAUAUAUGACCUCCAGUUUACAACACAGAGAGUGUGCUGUGCAGUGUUUUGUGUGUGUUUUGAUUGGUUAAUAUUGGAGUUUACCCUGAAGCGUUUACCCACUUUACUUUUUGCAUACCUCUGUCCAGCCUGAGAAGAAAAUAAUUUACCACUAGGUGGUACUGCAAGAACCUUUAUUUAUCUAUCCAACGUCUCAGUCGGUGUAAGAAAAUAUAUUUUCCCACCUCCAGUAGUUGAUUUUUGAACAUUUUAAUUGUUGUAUUUAAGCUUGCCUCACAAUCCUGCUUAAUCAUGACAUGUAGCACAUCUUAGUCAACUAAAUGAACUCUGUUCAUGCAUUGAUUUCAAAAACCUUUAUUAAACUUGGUAUUUACU